AUGGAGGCUGCGAACCUCUCCUCUGUCACAGAAUUUAUUUUAGUAGGACUCACCAACCACCACAAGAUGCAAAUUCUCCUUUUUCUGGUCAUCCUUCUUAUCUAUUCCCUCACCAUCGCAGGGAACCUGGUGAUCAUCGUGUUGGUGCGAGCCGACUCCUCCCUCCACACCCCCAUGUACUUCUUCCUCGCGAACCUUUCGGUCCUGGAAAUCUGUUAUGUCACAAGCAGCAUGCCCCAGAUGCUGGCCCACCUUCUGUCUGGAAAUGGAGCCAUCUCCUUCACCCGGUGUGCUUUACAGAUGUACGUAGUUAUUUGCCUGGGUAGCGUUGAAUGUUUUCUGCUGGGUGCUAUGGCUUACGACCGCUACUUGGCCAUCUGCCACCCUCUGCUAUAUGUCGUUGCCAUGAGUAGGUGGCGUCAGGUGCAGCUCGCCUCAGCUUCCUGGGUGAGUGGCUUCUUCCUUGCUUCAAUAAACGUCGGCUUUACCCUUCACCUUCCCUACUGUGGCCCCAAUCACAUCAAUCACUUCUUCUGCGACAUGCCAAUUGUGUUGAAACUCGCAUGCACUGACAUACAUGUGACAGAACGCAACAUCAUUAUAUUGGCUGCAUUGAUCAUUAUUGUUCCCUUCUUUGUGAUCCUGACCUCUUACAUGCUCAUACUGUCUUCUGUGAUACGAAUGCAGUCAGCUGCCGGACGGCGCAAGGCCUUCUCCACCUGUGCCUCCCACCUGAUAGUGGUCAUCUUGUUCUACGGCAUCCUUAUCUUUGUGUACCUGACACCUGGGUCAGACACAGCCCCUGAUCGGGACAAAGAACUUGCUGUCCUUUAUAUUGUGGUCACCCCCUUGCUCAAUCCUAUCAUUUACACCCUGCGGAACAAAGACAUCCAUGGGGCCGUGUCCAGGAUGCUUCAAAGAUGGGGCUUUAAAAAGAAAAGAUGA